UCAGGUUAGGAAUAUAUCUUAGGUCAAAAGCCAAGCAUACCAAGAACAUACGACGUGUCUCUCAUGUUUCCCAUGACUUGAAAAGGCUGCCGUCGCCGAUUAUGAAGUCUUCAGGCCUUCCUUCAACCUUUGAUCUGAUGCAGUUGCAUGCCGGCUGACCCAGGACGAAAUUUGGACCAUUCUGUAUCCAAAAUCUGGCCAUUACAAGAAGCACACCACCUCGGCGGUCACGCAAAGUUUAGAGGUCUCCCAAUGACGAGCGAGGCAGUGCCGGAAGCCCGCUGCUAUCCUUUGACAUCCCGCUAACACAUACCAACUAUUGGGCCGUCCGACCCUCAUUCGCUACUCGCACAGGUCAAAGCACGCCGAUUGAUACUACUUACCCGUACCCCGCGCUACGCUGUGUACCAAAAUAAAAAUCAUGGCUGCUACCGUGACGCACGAACCAUCGAGGCCAUUGCAUUCGCCCAUUCCUACAUCGCCUGAGGAAGAAAAAGAGCUUGAAUUUGGUCAAGUGUGGAAAGACGCAGCCAGAGUCCCUCAAAGUUCCACAACAACGGAGCAGCCUGACUUUGGUCGGCGCAAGUCGGCGGUACAAUUCCACACUGCAGAUGCAGAAGACGUUAUAAGAAGAGGGAGUGUCGCACAAGGCCCGCGUGCCACCAACGUGUCCCAGCGAAGAAUGUCAUCCCCACCUCCUCCAUUCAACUAUCAGCGCGGUGUCUCCUUUGACACCUUCGACAACAGAGAUGCCUCGACCGAAUCCUUUACGUUGAACUAUAAGCACUGUGACUAUGCACAUACUGCGCGCAGCCGAACAUUCCUGUGCGGCACGGAUGCGAAAGACUAUUCGGAAUAUGCUUUGGAAUGGAUGCUGGACGAGCUGGUAGAUGAUGAUGACGAGAUCGUUUGUUUGCGAGUAAUCGAGAAAGAUGCGAGAGCGGCAAGCGAAACGACCUACGACCAUGGUAGGUACCGGCUCGAGGCACAAAAGCUAUUGGACAGCGUCAUAAAAAAGAACAGUACGGAGGAGAAAGCAAUCAGUAUCAUCAUGGAGCUGGCAGUCGGGAAGGUCCAGGACAUCUUUCAACGGAUGAUUCAGUUGUAUGAACCUGCAGUACUGGUUGUCGGAACCAGGGGGAGGAAUCUGGGUGGUAUGCAGGGUCUGCUGCCUGGCUCCGUUUCCAAAUACUGCCUGCAGCACUCCCCAGUCCCCGUGAUUGUUGUCCGACCAACCUCGAAAAGGAUGAAAAAGAAAAUGAAACGACAACUAGAGAGCGGCCGGAGCCUUUAUAGCAGCAUGCUUGAGCAAGCACAAACAGCUGGUGGCAGACAUCUAUACGAUAAGUCUAAUAACACUUCGAUAUCUAUGGAAGCUACCGAGCAGGAAGCCAAUGCAGUGGCCAAGGCCAUCGGGCCGCCCAAACGUGGCAUAUUGAAGUACGGCGGACCUCUAACGCGAGUCACUUCAGCCAGGAGCGAUGUCACGUCAGACGAGGAUUCGCCUGAAAGAAACUUUGCUCUACCUAUUGGGUAUCUCAGCACCGAAAGCGCACCUCGAGCCGACCUUGCAAUGCAGAACCCUACGAUUGCGGCACUUGCAGAGGAUUGGGGCGACCACAAACCCUCUAAGGGGAAGAAAAAUGAGCAAAAGGAUGGUGAUUCAGCUCUCUCCGACACAGAGGAUAUCCAUUUGUUGGUACCUAACCUCGUCGAUGAAAGACGUCCGUCCGUCAAAGAGACGACACCGUGGCUAGCGGAUAUACUGCGAGACAAGCCUGGAAGAAGGUCUCCAAGUACUGGCCGAUCUCCAGCACGUCACGGACGAUCAUUGUCAAGAUAAUAUGAGCGCCAUGGUGACAUGGCCAUUUCCCGAAUUGCUCGCACCUGUGAUGCAGGCACACAGAACGUCUGAGAGAUCCUGGUGUCGCCCUUCGAGAUAGUGGGCUGUGGCUAUCUCGACAUCAACACAAGGCCGUUAAAGACAACUAUGCGGUUCGCGACCUCCAAUGUCUACUGCCGAGGUUCUACGAAUCACCAGCGAUCAUCUCUGCCUUGUCUGCAUGACAAAUGCUCGACGAGGAUCAUGCUGGAGAACGACUCCGUGUCAUGGGUGACAGCUACUUGUUAUCCUUAUCAUCGUCCGGCCAUUCCCCUCAGAUGGAAGCCUGAAUAGUGUUGCUGAUUCUUUCUUUGUCGUUGGCGAGGGAAGCAACACCACUUGUGGCUUAUCACUGUCGAUUGGAAGGCCUAUCAGCCUCAUUAGGCUUUCCUC